AUGGUUGGUAAAGUCAGCGAGAAAGUCCUUCUCAGGGAAGGGCUUGAACGCACCGACAAUGGCAUGAAACAGACGAGCUGGCCCGAUGUCACACCCAUCAACCAGAAGAACUACUACACCGAUUACAUGAAGCGCGAUGACCAAGUCCUGGCCCUUCGAUUGCAGACCGAGGCUAAUAGAGAGCGGCUCGUCCAGACUGCAAAGGACCGGGAUCGAGCCCUGGCUCGCAAUGGCCACGCCGAAGUCCCGCUGCCGGUCGCCGACAUCCAGCCGGACGAUGGCACGCCUACCACCAACGAGGGCCUAGAUCCGUCCAAGGUCAUCAUCAUACAUCCCGGCAGCCAAAAUCUGCGCAUAGGCUUCGCGAGCGAUGCUCUGCCCAAGACUAUACCGAUGGCCAUCGCCGCCAGAUUCCCCCAGACCGAGUCCGAGAUGCACGAGGCCCUUCCGCGUCGCCAAUUCGAAGCCAAGACCAUCGACCAACAAUACGGCGAGGAGUGGUCCAAGAAGUAUCAGAAGAUGUGCAACGACUUGAAGGUUGACUUGCGCGCGCGCAAGCAAAAGGUCCUGCCCAAUUCUAAGGAGCUUGUCGUGAACUUCAACCGGCGGGCCGAGCGGGAAGAGAUACCCGUGCAUAACGAUCCUCUGCAGAUCGAGUGGACCGACGUGAAGAGCAUCGACGACCCCAACUCGGCAGCCUCGUGCUUCAUCGGCCAACCCGCCCAGCGAAUCCCUGACGAUUCGAACCCCAAGUUCAAGUUAUGGUGGCCCCUACAGAACGGCUGGCUCAACGAGGAUGAUUACACCACGGCCGAGCACCUGUACGACGACCUCGAGACGCUCCUCGACAAGGCUAUCCGGCAGGAGCUCGGCUUGACUAGGAACAGCGCGUGGAAGAGCUACAGCUGCGUGUUUGUCAUCCCCGACCUCUACGACAAACGAUACGUGGAGCAAGUUCUCAAGUCCUGCAUGACCUGGUUCGAGUUCAGCAGAAUUUGCUUCGUGCAGGAGAGCAUGGCGGCCACCUUCGGCGCCGGGUACACGCAGGCGUGCGUGGUCGACGUCGGCGCGCAGAAGACGUCGAUAGCGUGCGUGGAGGACGGGUUAUGCGUGGAGGAGUCUCGCAUCAACCUCAAGUACGGCGGCUACGACGUGACGGAGACGUUCGUGAAGAUGCUGCUCUACGACAACUUUCCCUACAAAGAGAUCAACCUCCGGAGACGGUACGAUUUCCUCCUGGCCGAGGAGCUCAAGAUCAAGCACUGCACCCUGACUCAGGGCGAGAUCCCGGUCCAGAACCUGAGCUUCCACCUCCGCGCUCCCAACCAGCCCACGUACCAGUACUACUUUAGGACUUACGACCAGGUCAUCCUCGCCCCCAUGGGCUUCUACGACCCCACCAUCUUCGACAACUCGGCCAAGCUGCGCAGCCGGCGGAAGCUGGUCGACCGCUCGUACAACGCCUACGACGUCGACAUGCCCGACGACCCCACCUCCGCGGCCCAGGUCGCCGUGCUCGCCCUCAUCAAGCCCUCCGUCGUCUCCAACGCCAACGGCUUCCAGCAGCAGCAGCAGCAGCCGCCAGCAUCGGCGCCGCAGCAGCAACAGCCCUCGUCCGCAGCCGCCUCGUUCUCCGAGAGCCAUCUCGCAACCCCUAUGAAGGAGAAGUCACAGCCCUUCAACUUCCUGAGGGGCGACCUCAACAACGGCACGCCGGGCGGCUCGGCGGCCGCGUCGCCUGCUCCAGAGGGCGCCGCGACCCCGGUGCCGCCCGUCUUCCACUUCGGCCGGGCGAACGGGACGGGCAGCCCGGCACCUAACGGCUCGGCGCGCAACGGGGUGUCGCCGGGGCCGGGCCCGCCGGCGGGAAUGUUCGUGGACGCGGCAGCGCGGACGGCGCGGGCAAUGGCGGCGGAGCGGGACGCGGUCCUACCGGUGGUGCCGCUGGACAUCGCGAUCCUGACGAGCAUCCAGAACGCGGCGCGGGGCGACGAGAAGAAGCUGCGCGACUACCUCGGCAGCAUCAUGGUGGUGGGCGGCGGGUCCAAGACGCCGCACUUCACCGCCGUGCUCGAGGACAAGCUGCGCCGCCGCCGGCCCGAGCUCGCCGACCGCGUGCUCAUCACGCACAGCGCGCGCGACAUGGACGAGCAGGUGGUGGUGUGGAAGGGCGCCAGCGUCUUCGCCAAGCUGCCCGCCAACGACAGCUGGAUCACCCCGUUCGAGUUCGAGCGCCUCGGCGCGAGAGUCCUGCACCACAAGGUCCUCUGGGCCUGGUGA